AAAAAUCGUAAUUCAAUGAGGACCAAAAUUUUUCCCGCUGCUAAUUUUUGAGUUUUGCUGUUUACCCAUGAAAUAUUUCGAUAUUGCAAAUUUCGUGUUCGUUGUGAGUUCUUUAUGUGUUGUGAUUGUUUCGAUUAAAGCUACGACAAGUGACUGCAAUUUGUUUGAUUCUAAUUUAAGUGUUUGUGAAUCCCAUAAUAUGCCCCGUAAAAGUAAGAAAACGCCAGUCGUGGCAGAAGCAGGUGACAGCAAAGAAGUUGAAAGCAAAGCUGAGCCGAAGCUUGAAAAUGAUUCUGAUGAAGAGCAAAAUGGUAACGAGGAAGUUCUUCCUGUAAAGAAACCGAGAUCUAAAAAGGCUGCCAAAAGCAAAGGUGCUGCCGGUAAGAAACCGGAGUCAAAAAAAGAUGAAAAAGCUCCAAAGGAUGAUUCCAAUUCGAGCGAUGAAAGUAUUGAAGAAAAUUCAAAAUCAAAGAAAGACGAUAAAAAAACUAAAAACGAAGAAUCAAAUAAGAGAAAACGUGCGAAAGACGAUGACGAUAAAACCGAUUCAAAAAAACCUAAACAGGAACUACUGAAUCAAGUCAGCUCUGAUCUCGAUUCGUUGGUUGUAACUAAUACGAAAUGUACUGCUGAUGGUAAAUCUUCCAAUUUUAAAAUUGCCUCGUGGAAUGUUGCCGGUCUACGUGCUUGGAUUAAAAAAAAUGGCCUCGAUUACAUUAAAAAAGAGCAAGCUGAUAUCGUGUGCUUGCAAGAAACUAAAUGCUCCGAAAGUAAACUUCCUCCCGAAGCAAAAGUGAAAGGAUAUCACACUUAUUGGUGUUCUGGUAUUAAAGAAGGAUAUGCCGGCGUCGCAUUGUAUUCGAAAGAGAAACCUUUAAAUGUGAAAUAUGGUUUAGGAAAACAAGAAUACGAUUCUGAAGGAAGACUUAUUACAGCUGAAUAUGAGAAGUUCUAUGUCGUCGCUAUAUAUGUUCCCAAUGCUGGACAAGGUUUAAAGAAUUUGAGCAAACGUAUGCAAUGGGACAUAGAUUUUAGAAAUUAUCUGAAAUCUUUGGAUGAAAAGAAACCAGUACUCAUUUGCGGUGACAUGAAUGUUUCUCAUCAAGCUAUUGAUUUGGCGAAUCCGAAAACUAAUACGAAAAGUCCCGGGUUCACUCAGGAAGAAAGAGAUGGAAUGACUGAGUUAUUGGAAGCCGGUUUUGUUGAUUCUUUUCGUAAUUUGUAUCCUGAAAAAACCGGAGCUUAUACUUAUUGGACAUACUUUGCUAAUGCUCGAAAACGAAAUGUUGGAUGGAGAUUGGAUUACUUCAUCGUAUCAAAAAGGUUCGUUGAUAAUGUAUGUGACAAUGUGAUCCGAAGUGAAGUUUAUGGCAGUGAUCAUUGUCCCAUUGUUUUGUUUGCGAGUGUGUAAUAUCUUUAUUUUUUUCUAUAUUUUCUGAUAGACUGUGUGUUUGAUAUAUUUAAUCUGAAUACAUUUUUUAUACUCAA